CCUGUUCCGGGAUUAUCACGCUUGAUGGCUUCUAUAUAAAGCACACACAGGUUUACAGAUGGCACAGUUCAACAGUAAGCUGCCAGUUCGAGAAUGAAGAUCUCUGUGAGUUUUAUGAUGUUGCUGCUGCUCGGCUCCGUCCCCGCAAGUGAAAGUGUUGAAUGCCAGCGGGCUUUUCCUGAAGACAUCUACGCUGCGCUGAGAGAAACAACCGCUUCGUUGGUUCAACUGAAGGCGGACAUGACGUUGCAGACUACAGGUCAAGCACAGCUGAAGACUGAAUUGGACAAGUUGAAGCAACAACAGCAAGUCCGACAGGUUGCAUUCUCAACCUCUCUGCUGGCUGGAGGCAAAUCAGCAACUAUUGGACCCUUUCCCUCAGACUACACCCUGAUCUUCAGACACGUUACCACCAACAUCGGAAAUGCCUACAACUCAAACACAGGUCUGUUCACUGCCCCGGUGAGAGGAGCUUACCACUUUGAGUUGCAUGUCGGUGGAGAAAAUGGCGCCCACGCUUCAGGGUGUUGGUUGGUCAAGAACGCAGAGAAUGUUUUCAUUGCAUACGAGAAUCAGGUUGCCGGUUUUAUGAGUUCUUCUAGUGGCGUUACGCUGUUGCUAGAGGUGGGAGACGUUGUGUUUGUGCGUAUGGUGGCUACCACUUUUGUGUUUGACAAUGGAAAUCACCACACCACCUUCAGUGGGCAUCUGCUGUUCACCAUGUAAGACAGAAACAGCAGCUCUGUGAUAGUCACACAGGUUUUUGUUGUCUUAAAGAAGUCUUCAUAGCACUUCAUAGAUUUGCUCUGAUUUCAUCU